AUGUCUUUCCAAUUAAAAACAGAAUCAUCCGCUGAGCCAGACAGUGUUCUUUUCUUUUUCUUCAUAGCGCUCAAUUCAUUAUCACUUGAGGUAACUUUCUAUUUUCAUCCUUUUUUCCUAAUUUUCCUCUCUGCCUUCUUUCAUCUCAUCUCCCCUUCAGUACAUCCCCCCCAUUUUUUUUUCUUUCAUUUCUCUUCCUACUUUCAUCUGUUCUUCCAUUUUUCUAUGUCUAUUUAUGUUCUUUCUUGCCUUCCUUUUUCUUCUUCACACCCUACAGUGUUCUUUCUUGCCUUCCUUUUUCUUCUUCACACCCUACAGUGUUCUUUCUUGCCUUCCUUUUUUUCUUCACCUACAGUGUUCUUUCUUGUUCUUUUUCUUCUUCACUUUUUUUUCUUGCCUUCCUUUUCUUCUUCACACCUACAGUGUUCUUUCUUGCCUUCCUUUUUCUUCUUCACACCCUACAGUGUUCUUUCUUGCCUUCCUUUUCUUCUUCACACCCUACAGUGUUCUUUCUUGCCUUCCUUUUUCUUCUUCACACCUACAGUGUUCUUUCUUGCUUCCUUUUUCUUCUUCACACCCCUACAGUGUUCUUUCUUGCCUUCCUUUUUCUUCUUCACACCCUACAGUGUUCUUUCUUGCCUUCCUUUUUCUUCUUCACACCCUACAGUGUUCUUUCUUGCCUUCCUUUUUCUUCUUCACACCCUACAGUGUUCUUUCUUGCCUUCCUUUUUCUUCUUCACACCCUACAGUGUUCUUUCUUGCCUUCCUUUUUCUUCUUCACACCCUACAGUGUUCUUUCUUGCCUUCCUUUUUCUUCUUCACACCCUACAGUGUUCUUUCUUGCCUUCCUUUUUCUUCUUCACCCCUACAGUGUUCUUUUUCUUGCUUUUUUCUUCUUCACCCUACCUUUUUCUUCCUUUUUUCUUCUUCACACCUACAGUGUUCUUUCUUGCCUUCCUUUUCUUCUUCACACCCUACAGUGUUCUUUCUUGCCUUCCUUUUUCUUCUUCACACCCUACAGUGUUCUUUCUUGCCUUCCUUUUUCUUCUUCACACCCUACAGUGUUCUUUCUUGCCUUCCUUUUUUCUUCUUCACACCCUACAGUGUUCUUUCUUGCCUUCCUUUUUUUUCUUCUUCACCCUACAGUGUUCUUUCUUGCCUUCCUUUUUCUUCUUCACACCCUACAGUGUUCUUUCUUGCCUUCCUUUUUCUUCUUCACACCCUACAGUGUUCUUUCUUGCCUUCCUUUUUCUUCUUCACACCCUACAGUGUUCUUUUCUUGCCUUCCUUUUUUUUUCUUCACACCCUACAGUGUUCUUUCUUGCCUUCCUUUUUCUUCUUCACACCCUACAGUGUUCUUUCUUGCCUUCCUCAGUGUUCUUUCUUGCCUUCCUUUUUCUUCUUCACACCCUACAGUGUUCUUUCUUGCCUUCCUUUUUCUUCUUCACACCCUACAGUGUUCUUUCUUGCCUUCCUUUUCUUCUUCACACCUACAGUGUUCUUUCUUGCCUUCCUUUUUCUUCUUCACACCCUACAGUGUUCUUUCUUGCCUUCCUUUUUUCUUCUUCACACCCUACAGUGUUCUUUCUUGCCUUCCUUUUCUUCUUCACACCCCACAGUGUUCUUUCUUGCCUUCCUUUUUCUUCUUCACACCCUACAGUGUUCUUUCUUGCCUUCCUUUUUCUUCUUCACACCCUACAGUGUUCUUUCUUGCCUUCCUUUUUCUUCACGCCUACAGAUUCUUUCUUCCUGCCUUUCACCUUUUCCUCACCCUACUGUUUCUUCUUUCUUUUCUUUCACUUUUUUUUUCAAAUAGUUUCUCCCUUUAAUUCCCUUCCUCUUUUUUCCAUCUCAAUCUUUCAUUCUUCCCCGUCUUACCAUUUUCCUUUUUCACUCAAUUCUCCUUCAUUUUCUCUUUUAAUCCUUUUCAUUCCUUCUCUUCAAUUCUCCUUCCCACACUUCCUUUUAAUGCUCGGAAUCUUUCACUUUACCUCAUCUAUAUUUUUCUUCAUUUCUCACUCUAAUCCUUCCUUCUCACCUCAUCCGACAUUUUUUUCCAAUCGUCUCCUGCCGUUUUCAGUUCUUUCUCAUAGUCGUCUUUCCUUCCGUCCUUGCUUGCUUACUUUAUUUCUUCACAUUUUCCAUUUUCUCUAA